AUGAAGGCACUCAAGACCGCGAGCCACGACGACCACCUGGCCGCUAGUGAUGACGAGGACGAUAUCGUCAUCUCCACCGCCACGCGCGUCAAGGACGGAGUGAACCUCCUAGACGCCCUCGAUCGGCUGGGCUUCGUACAGCGCCCAUCGGCCGGCCGGCGCAUCGGGGUGGGCCUGACCAGCGCCACAGGCUUGGCUCUGCCCUACGUGUUGGGCAAGAUGAAGGUGAUCGAGGAGGGCUCGAUGGGGCUGUCCACGCGCAACGGCCGGCCGGUCGUCCUGCGGCCCGGCCGCUACGUCCUGCUGUCGCCCCUGCACCACUUCGUCGAGCAGAAGUCCAUCAACGACGACCUCAUCAAGUUUGGACCCCUCACCAUUGUCACCAUCAAGAAGGGCCAACUGGGCUUGAGCUGGAGGAAUGGAGAGACGAUCAUUCUGGAGCCCGGCCGCCACAUCCUGGUGGCGCCGCACGUGUUCCAGGCGGCCAAGGACAUCACCGCCAACGUCGUCGACCUGGGACCUAUCAAGCGCAUCACUGUGGAGGAGGGCCACGUGGGCAUCUCGUACGACGCGGGCAAGCUCGAGGUGCUGCUCCCGGGCCUGCACAUCCGGAAGUCGCCCACGUUCCGCUUCCGCGAGUUCGUGUCGGUGCGCCACCUGGAGCCGCUCAAGGUCAACACCAACGACGGCAUCGCCAUCCUCGUCAACGCCAUCAUCACCUACCGCGUCGAAGACCCCGUCCGGGCCUACAGGGACGUGAUGAACGUGAAUGAGGCGCUGUUCGAGAAGGCGGAGGCGCUGCUGACGUCGAUCUUCCUGCACCACUCGAUCGACGAGAUCGCGCCCACCAUCCCCUCGGCGGCCCACGAAUCACUUCAGCAGCCCGGGUUCGGUUCGUCCGACGAAGAAGGCGAUGACGAUGAUAACGAUGACGACGACGAGCUCGACGCCAGCGUCAACAAGAAGAGCUCAAAGAAGAAGAUGAACAAGAGGAAUGCGAAGUUUGCCGACUUGGACAAGCCGGACUCGAUCCUGUUCAGCGACAUCGUGCGCCAGGCCUUUAUGGAGGAGCUCAAGGACUACGUAGCGACCUGGGGCGUUGCCCUGAUCGACAUGAGCAUCGAGAAGCUCGAGUUCCACGACCCGGCCCUGCGGGUGCUGCUCACCGACCGGGCCUCGAACAAGCUCCAGACCGCCUCCAACCGGGCCAACAUCGCCGCCCAGGCCCAGACCGGCAUCCAGAAGGCUCAAGGUCUGGCGCAGGAGGAGCGGAUCAGGGCUGAUGCGGAGCUCUACUCGGCGGAGCAGCGGGCCAAGGGCGCGAAGUUGCAGGCCGACACGGAGCUGGCCAAGCAGCUGGCCAUCAUGCGCGCUACGAGGGAGAUCGUGGAAGCCACGGGCAACAAGACCUCCUUCAUCCCGUGGAACAUGGCCGUCAAUCUCCAGGAGGGCGCCCUCACCGCCGAGCACAGCUACAACCUCUUCAACCCCGCCGCUGGCGGCAGGAAGUGA